GCCACCAGUGACGCAAUGACGUCGACAGGAAGAGAGGCGGUAGUGGUAGUAAUAUUCACACAGGUAGAAAACUGAGAAUGCCCGUGCAGAGCCGCCCCGUGCGGGACUCCUCCGUACAUUUCAGGUUACUCCAGCAGUACCUGGUCCUCCUGAAGAAAUACCCCAUCCUGACUAAAUCUGUAACCAGUGGCAUCCUCUCUGCUUUAGGAAACCUUCUGUCUCAGUUUGUGGAGGCGAGAAAAAAAGCCCAGAAGGGAGCUCCUGUCAGUAAUAUCGAUGCAGCUGGAGCUGCACGCUAUGCCAUUUAUGGGUUGCUUAUUACAGGACCCGUGAGCCACUUGUUUUACCAGCUGAUGGAAGUAUGGAUUCCCACCACAGAUCGGUUUUGUGUAGUCAAACGUCUGCUGCUGGACCGGCUUAUUUUUGCCCCGGGCUUUCUGCUCCUUUUCUACUUUGUAAUGAACAUCCUGGAGGCUAAAGGAUGGACUGAUUUUGAAAAGAAGAUGAGAAGAAGUUAUUGGACCGCUUUGAAGAUGAACUGGAAAGUUUGGACCCCUUUCCAGUUCAUAAACAUCAACUUUGUCCCUGUUCAGUUCCGAGUGCUGUUUGCCAACAUGAUCGCCUUAUUUUGGUAUGCCUACCUUGCAUCUGUGAGAAAAUGAUGCUACCAAGACGUCUCUAGAGAAAACACAUCUUCAGGAAACAGUUUUGGCAUAUUUGUAAAUGCCUAAAAACCGAGAUCGUACAACAGACUGUUACGUUUACUGCCGUAAAUCUGUGCCUAAUCUGGUCACUAAUUUUCACAUACACAAGCAAUUAAAUUUAAAGUGGACUGAAACCAUUACCACUUGUUGCUGUAACAUUUUAAAUACUAGACUUGAAAUUUAUAUUUUAACAGUGUAAGAUCUAAUAAACUAUAACUUUAUAUGA